ACCCCUGGGCGGAGCACUCGGCAGGCCUCCGGCGGGUGCAGGGGUGCGGCGUCGAGAGGACCCCCGCCCCUCGCGCCCAUCGCUCCCCGGGCCCCAGCUGGCGGCGCCCCCCCACCCCCACUCCUGGGCGGUCCGGGGUCCCGUGCUCACCCUGCCUGAAGGACUGUAAGGGAGAGUCGCGGACUUCAGACCCAGACGAUGGCGGGGGUCCAGAUGGCUUCCGUGCGGAUCCGAGAGGCCAAGGAGGGAGACUGCGGACACAUCCUGAGACUGAUUCGGGAACUGGCCGAGUACGAGAAACUCUCGGACCAGGUGAAGAUCAGCGAGGAAGCCCUGAGAGCAGAUGGCUUCGGAGAGAAACCUUUCUAUCACUGUUUGGUGGCGGAGCUUCUCCCCGCCCUCGGGGAGCCGCAGGGGCCCUGUGUGGUGGGCUAUGGGCUGUACUACUUCAUCUAUAGCACGUGGAAGGGGCGCAACGUUUAUCUGGAAGACAUCUACGUGAUGCCCGAAUAUCGGGGUCAAGGGAUUGGCUCCCAAAUAAUCAAAAAGGUGGCUCAGGUGGCCCUGAACAAGGGCUGCUCCCAGUUCCGCCUCGCUGUGCUGGACUGGAACAAAUCAGCCAUGGAUUUGUACAAGGCCCUAGGAGCCCAGGAUCUGACAGAAACUGAGGGCUGGCACUCCUUUCGCUUCGAAGGAGAGGUGAUGAGGGAGCUGGCAGGAAAGUGACACCAUGCCUUGGGGGGAAUCUCUCUUCGUUGAUCCUCUCCUUCCCCACCAGCUCAAGCACUCAGAGACUUGUGUCCCCUGGCAGAGAUCUCCCUGAGGAACGGGAGGUUGGGUGUGCAGAAUCGGGGGAGAGGCCUUUCCACCUCCUUGUUGAGGGUGAAAAAUAAAUGAGAAUUACUAUAAGCAUGGU